AUGUUAGUGCACAAGUGUACUCUUGACGAAACUCUCGGUCGGAACGGGCGACUGCUGUGCCAGUGGAAUUCCUAUCGCGCGAUACACGUGACGAUUCAGUAUUACGAACAUACUAUUCGCUCUGGCGAAGUUACAUUUCACUCAUUUUUGGAAUAUGCGCUUUGGCCUGAUUCUCUUAUGGACUUUCACACACAGUAUAAAGGGUAA